AUGAGCUCGUCGAGGUACCCAUCUGCUCCUGGCAGAGAGACUGACCAGCGGGAGACUCGUCCAUCGCAAGGAUUCGUCAACAGCAGCUUGGUGAGAGCGAACAUGACUCCACCGCGGUAUCCUUCGCAGGUGCAGCCACCGGAAUCUGCGCUUCGCUCGACUCUAUAUGUUCCCGGAAGCGCCCAAUACCACGAAGCGGAGCUCCGCGAGGGUCAGAACGCGUACCACCAGUACCUGUACCUGUACCAGGAUGAGCAACAGAGCCAGAAUCAGAAUCAGAACCCGCCGAGGUAUCCGCCAGCGACAUCGCCACGACAGAGUCGCCGCUAUCCUCCGUCGCCGCCCGGCCUGGUCGGUGGUACUGGCCACAAUCGCGAGCACUCCUUCACGCCCAUCAAUCAGCACCCGCCAGCGCCGAGUCAUAUCAGUGCCUACCGCCCUUUCACGCCCGCCAGCUCUCCACACACGGGCAACCAUUUCUCGUGGCCUUAUCCUCUAUACAAACAGCCCAUCGGACACCAGGUCUUUGACAUUCGCGGCUUUACCGUCCCGAGCAACUUCGAGGUGAACUUCAAUGAGAUCGACGCCUACCAUCCUCCUUUGCCACAAGGUAGGCGAGAGGGUGUGCAUGUGCGAGAGUUGCGGGUUACGGAGACGCUACAUGUCAACAAGAAUGACGGACGCACGUGGCAUCUCGGCCACGGUGUGAGUAUCGUAAUGCCUUCGUGGAGACCCAGAUGACUGACAUUCGAGCAGCUUGGCGAGACCUACUCUGGUGUCUUUGGGCACGAUGAUCCGAAUGACAUCCUGCCGCAGGCCACCGAAAUGGCCAGAGCGAUCGCCGAGAAGCGAGAGAGGGUACGUUUAUGGUCCUCGCAACGGAGACGUUAUGCUGACUGAAAUGCAGCCGGAGAGACUGAGAAGAUCCGCCGAACUUCUCCAAGCAGCUCGCAUGCACCUUGAGGCAGGAGCCCCUCUCGUCCUCCAGCGUACCAGCUUCGUUGAUUUCGGCGAUACCAUAGCAUGUUUCCGGCUUGGAUGUCCUUUCAAAGCUCCCCAGGACAUGCCGGGGAACACGUACUACCUCAACCUGGCCUCCGAAACGACUGACUACGAGACGACUUUCUGUCUGCGAUGCUUCGAGCAGCUUUGGAGUCUGAAGUUGACGGAAGGGGUCAAUGAUCCACCGGGAUUGUCCCAGCCAGGGGAAGCGCCAGAAGAGCGGAGGGAUUCUGCAUUUGCCAUGCCAAUGUCGAAGCCAGCGUCGAUGCCACUGUCGACGCCACUGUCGAUGCCUCUGUCGAUGCCACCGCCGAAGCCACCGGCGAUGCCCAUGCGAGCCGAAGGAGGAGGCGAAGAAGGAGGCGAAAAGCCUUUGAGCCGAAGCAACGAGAUCUUCAAGUCCAGACAUGCUGACCCAGACGCGGAGAUGCAGACAGUAGCAGAACCACCUGCACCGCUUCGCGCACCAGCCGAUAGCUCUUCGACACCGGCAGCGGAAAGCCCGUCUGACCAGGACUGGUCCUCUCCCAGCUCGCGCACCUCCACGCGCGAAUGGCGCCAUCCACCAACGCGAUUCCAGCACAUCGCCUUCUGCGUCAAACCCAGCCCAAGCCUCAGUGUGCUGGACGCAGCGGUCAUCGAGCUCUGGAAGUACGCGAGUCACGAGCAGCUGGUAUGGGAGCUCCACCUCCGCAAGAUGAAGUGCUUGAACGACUACCAUAGUGGACGUGUGAAGGAGGACCUGAGCUUUGGAAUGAAGGGGUACAGAUGGGACGAUAAGGAGGGCCAGGAGCGAUGGAAGGGCGAGAAGUUUAAGGAGCAUAUGCUUGAGGGUCCGGCCUUGUUGAGAAAGAAGGACUGUUUUGGCAGAGAUCUGUCGGAGGUGUUGAAAGAGGCGAAUGUGAAGAAGUACGGUUGA